GGCGUGUAUCUGUAUACAUUGUACAGUUUUAAAGAUGUUAAAAUGACUAAUGGUGGAUUUCCGCAUCACUGUACUAGAAAAUUUAUAAAGAAAUUUUGGCAUUUCUGAAGUAUUUAAGUAUUUAAUUUCAAAGUGUUUUGUUAAUUUUUAAUAAGCAAAAGUUACAAAACUAAGCUAUGAUACAAAUAAUUAAAUAAUUGGAGCACAAUCAUCAUCACUAAUCGCGAAUUACAAUUAAAAAUGACAUAUUUCGAUUUUUGAUAAGUUGAAUUUUGAUAAAAAUGUUAUCAUCGUAUUCACUGACCCAAAAAACAUAAGAUUACAUAACUUAUACUUUAUAGAUCGAAAUCAAAACGAGCCAUUUUAUUUUCGUCGUCCUUUUCGUCCUUUUCAUUUUUCUCAGUGCAUCUGUUCCAAUGGUUCCAAGAUGCUCCCUCAUUCUCAGGAAUUUCCGUCUAUAUUCUCUUGCGUCGAUGACGCAUCUCGGUCGGAGGUCGCUGGCGGAAAGAGCAAGAUCGGCGCAAAGAGUGGCCGCUCUAUAAUAUGAUACGUAUAUCCGGGGCAACAUAACCUCCAAGUGGCGACAGAUAACUCGCUAUCUACGGAUGGACUGUCAAUUCCGGUGUGCAGAGGGGCGUGUUUUGCGACCGCAGAAAGAGGCCGGGGAAAUUCGUGUAGACUGACCAGAGUCCGCGAAUUUCCGCGAGUGAGCGCCGCCGUAGAACGAUCGGCCCCGGAGUGUCCUUAAUAGAGUCUAAUCGGCGACCGCGCCCGUUGGAGCGUUCGCACCGUGUCCGCUGAUUCAUCGCCGCCGAUCCCACGAGACGUCCCGCCUCGCCAUCGCCACUCCGCCGUCUUCUCGAUUGUCCCGAGGCAUUGCUUUCCGCAGGCAGCGAGCGCGAAAUGACGGAGGUCCACGGCUUCGGCGUCGAUGCCAUCAGUUGUCACGCGUGGAACAGAGAUAGAACAGAGGUUGCUAUUUGCCCGAACAACAAUGAGAUUCAAGUGCACAAGCGCACUUCAUCCGGCUGGAAGCUGCUGGAGACUAUGCAGGAGCAUCACAUGGCCGUGAUGGGAAUCGACUGGGCGCCAAAGACCAAUCGCAUAGUCACCUGUUCCGCAGACAAGAACGCUUACGUGUGGACUCAGAAGGAGGAUGGCAAGUGGGACCCAGCGUGGGUCCUUCUUCGAAUAAAUCGGGCUGCCACUUGCGUGAAAUGGUCUCCUCUAGAGAACAAAUUUGCUGUGGGUUCUGGAGGACGAGUUAUAGCUGUUUGUUAUUUUGUAUUAGAGAAUAACUGGUGGUUAUGUAAACAUAUAAAGCGUCCUUUAAGGUCAACGGUGACCACUGUCGAUUGGCAUCCAGACAAUAAGGUUCUGGUCGCUGGAUCUACGGACUACAAGGUUCGGGUCUUCAGUGGAUUUAUCAGUGACAUGGAGGAUGCGCCUGGCAUCAGCCCCUGGGGCCAAAGUAAUUCCUUAGGGACAUUACUGGCUGAGUUUCCUAAUACACCCAAUGGAGGUGGCUGGAUACAUUCAGUAGCGUUCAGUCCUUGUGGCAAUAAAAUCUGUUGGGUGGCGCACAACUCGUCUAUAUGUGUCGCUGAUGCUACUAAAGGAAACGCGGUCGUGAGACUGUAUACAGAGCAUUUACCGUUUCUAAGUUGCAUUUGGAUAGGAUCUAAUAACAUUGUUGUUUCGGGUCAUAGCUGUAUGCCGAUGUUGUACUCCGUGGACGACAACGGGCAGAUAUAUUUUGUGUCGAAGCUGGACAACACGCAGAAGAAGGAGACCGCCGGUUUAUCCGCCAUGCGAAAGUUCCAAUCUCUGGAUCGACAAGCCAGAAAUGAGACUAAUGAUAACGCGCUGGACAGCGUGCACCAAAACACGAUCAACUGUAUUCGCCGAGUAUCCGAUCAUGAAUUUAGCACAAGCAGUUUAGACGGGCAACUUGUAGUUUGGGACUUAAAGCUUCUAGAGAAUUCCAUUGCUGGUCUCAAGUUAAUCUAUCGAAAGAAAUAGGCACGUGUGAGGAUGGAAAGAGAAAUUCUGAAAAUUUCAAAUAAUUUCCCAUAUUUAAUCUGGAAGGAUAGGAAUUCGAUAAAUCGCUCUAGGAAAUUUUUUACACGUUGGAAUUCAUCAUUCGUGUCUAUUCGAGUACUCUUCAGAAAUCACAUAUUUAUUUAUCUUUAU